AUUUCUUUCUUCAGUCGAAAAGAAAUUAAGGUUUUUGAUGAAAACAUUCCAGGAUUUUUCACCAUAUAGUUGACUUCAAUGGACUCCAAACGGUUGAAGGUCAAAAUUACAGUUUCAGUGCAGCUUCAAAGGGCUUUAAAUGAUACCAGACGAUGAAUAAGGGUCUUAUCUAGUGAAACGAUCGGUCAUUAAAAAAAAAAAAAAAUAAAGUAUAUGCUUUAUAAACACAAAUGCUCGCCUUGCUCUGUUCUGCGAUGCGCGUUCAUGACUUCACGUGAUACAUAAUUAUGUUGAAAAGGUCACGCUUGACGUAGGCGGAAUUACCGAGUCAGUGUUUACAAACGUGGAGAAGGAGGACCGUUCAAAAGUUGUUGAAUGUUCAAUGACACAUAUUCAAAUGUCUUUGUGUCAGUUUAUUGUUUAAAAUGGAAAUUUCGUGUGUGUAUCCUGGAUGUUUUAAUAUUAAAAAACCUAAAAGAAAAUUUUCGCUAGGAAAUAAAUUUUUUACUUUUCAUAGAUUUCCCAUACACAAUCCUGAGCGAUUGAAGCUGUGGUUGCUCGCGCUGCACUUGGAUAUCAACACACCCGAACAUGCUCUGAUAUUUAAGAGAGUGUGCAGUGAUAAUUUUUUCGACGAUGAUUUCAAACCCUCCCAGCAAGGAAAUCGCCGUUUUCUGAAAGCGUCGGCUGUGCCCAAUACAUUUUUACAGCAAACAGAGUAUCCAUCUCGUGGAAAUCUAGAGCCCCUAGCAAAAGACAAUGACGCUGAGCUGGAGGUCCAGGGAGCAGGAGUGUUUUUGGCUAAUGUUCCACAGUCAACACCAGCAAAGCAUCAGGACUCUGGUCCAGGAACUACCACGAGACAGUUUGCAGAUGCUCAGUCUAAACUUUGUUUAGUGCUCACAAGUCCUGAAAGUGUUGGAAAGAGGACAAAACCCUCAACAUCUGGGACAUAUUAUGCCCUCCCUGCAAUACACUCCCAUCAGUCUCCUCCUGUGUAUAAUCAACCAGAACAGCCAGAAGAGCAAUUUGAAGAAAGUUUGGAGCUUGAUGUUAGCAUGCUUUCCAUAGAUCCUCCAUCGGACAAGAAAGAUCUUAGUUUUUAG